GCGUUGAGGUUAUUUGUCUGGUUUGACUCUUUGAUCGUGUUCAGGGAACAACAAAGAUGUGGAAAUCUGCUUUUCUUUUCCUCACAGUCCUGCUUGCUGUUGGGUUUAGUACUCGUGACCCAAAUGGUGGAGUGGACGCCAACGAUCCAGACGUCCAGAAAGCUCUACAAGUUGCCAUGGAGGAAUACAACAAAAAAUCCACAGAUAUGUAUCUCUUCAAAGUGGUGAAGAUUAACAGGAUUGUGAAAGAGAUGUGGGACGGUUACACGUACACCAUGGAUGUGGUGAUUGCACGAACCGUGUGCAGAAGGGGCAGCAUGGCUCAGUCUUGUCCUGUCUUCAUAAAUCCACAUCAGGCUAAGUCUUAUCGAUGCACGUUUGUGGUGUUAAAUGGUGGUUUCAUACCACAAUGGAUGCUGCUGGAACAGAGGUGCUAUUAGGAGAAAAUCACAAGGAUUUGUCUGGACUGAAGUUAAUGCAGCUUCACUUGAACUGUGAAACACUGAAAUGCAGUUUAACCAAUAAAUAAAGCCAAAAUGUAAAAA